AAAAUGAGUCAGGAUCCCAGCGGCGUCAUCCUCUUCCUUAUCACCAUCACUCGGGCUGAGUUAGCGGCGCGCCCAAGGAAGAAACGGAGAACCAAAACAAUGGCCGCUCUCCGCCACCUCGCCGGCGCCACCCACAACCACAGCAUCGCGGCCAACUCCUCCUCCCUCUUCGACCUCCAGCGGCCGCCUUCCUGCCUCGCCGCGGCGCGACCCCUCGGCCUCGCGCCCCUCCGCUCCCGCUUCACCCGGCUUUACGCGCUGUCGAGCAACGACAUCAAGGUGGGGUUCAAUCUGGAGGUGGACGGCGCGCCGUGGAAGAUUCUUGAGUUUCUCCAUGUCAAACCUGGAAAAGGUGCUGCUUUUGUGAGGACAAAAAUGCGCAAUUAUAUCACUGGCAACACAGUUGAGAAAACCUUUCGAGCUGGAAGUACGAUCCAGGAAGCUUCUAUUUCAAAGGAAACCAAACAAUUCACCUACAAGGAUGGCUCCCAGUUUGUGUUCAUGGAUUUGACAUCCUUUGAAGAAAGCCGCUUAAACGAGUCAGAUGUUGGCGACAGGCAGAAGUGGUUGAAAGAAGGAAUGGACUGCACUUUGUUAUACUGGAAUGGACGGAUCAUUGAUUUUGAUCUCCCCAUCACUGUUAGGCUGACCGUAACCGAGGCUGAUCCAGGGCAAGGUGACAGUGCACAAGGAGGAACAAAGCCUGCAACCCUGGAGACAGGAGCUGUUGUCAAUGUGCCCUCUUUCGUUGAUGUAGGCGAUGAUGUCCUAAUUGACUCGAGAACCGGGCAGUAUAUGAGCCGAGCAUAGAGUGGAUACCAGAAGGCAUGCCAACAGUGAAGAGCUAGUUUUCUUGUUCCCCCAUUUUUGGUUUAAUUAUCCGUUGAAAAGUUCACGACAUCGUUUUUUCUUCUCAUUUAUCAUACUGGGACCCUCUACACUACACCGGGCGUGAAAUUCUAUAAUUUUCUUCA